AUGUCUACCGCUAUCAUCGCCGAGGACGCCCUCGAGCCCACUCUCCAGUCCCUCCUUGAUCAGCACUCGCUUCGCUGGAUCUUUGUCGGCGGUAAGGGUGGUGUCGGAAAGACCACUACCUCAUGCUCUCUCGCCAUCCAGCUUGCCAAGGUCCGCCGUUCGGUAUUGUUGAUAAGUACUGACCCGGCACACAAUCUAUCCGAUGCCUUCUCGCAAAAAUUUGGCAAGGAGGCCCGCCUGGUGAACGGCUUCGACAACCUCUCCGCUAUGGAAAUCGACCCCAACGGCAGCAUGCAGGAUUUGCUCGCAGGUCAGGGCGAGCAGGACGACAUGAACAACAUGGCCGGUGGCAUGGGCGGAAUGAUGCAGGACCUUGCAUUUGCUAUCCCUGGUAUUGACGAAGCCAUGUCCUUUGCCGAAGUUCUCAAACAAGUAAAGUCUCUUUCCUACGAAACGAUUGUUUUUGAUACUGCCCCCACGGGACACACUCUCCGAUUCCUUCAAUUCCCUUCGGUCCUCGAAAAGGCCUUGGCCAAGGUCUCGCAACUCUCGUCUCAAUACGGCCCUCUCCUCAACGGCUUCCUCGGCUCCGGUGGCAACCUCCCUAACGGACAGAACCUGAACGACAUGAUGGAAAAGCUUGAGUCGCUGCGCGAGACCAUUUCCGAAGUAAACACACAGUUCAAGGACGAAGCGUUGACGACGUUUGUUUGCGUCUGCAUUGCAGAGUUCCUCUCAUUGUAUGAGACUGAGCGCAUGAUCCAAGAGCUGACUGGCUACGGCAUUGAUACACACUCUAUUGUUGUCAACCAGCUGCUCUUCCCGAAGAACGGAUCUGACUGCGAACAAUGCACUGCGCGUCGUAAGAUGCAGACCAAGUACCUCGACCAGUAUGAGGAGCUCUAUGCUGAGGACUUCAAUGUUGUUAAGAUGCCCCUACUAGUGGAAGAGGUGCGCGGUAAGGAGAAGUUGGAGAAAUUCAGCGACAUGCUGAUCCACCCUUACGUUCCUCCCCAGUAA